AUCUUAAAAGCUCUGGUCGCUCGUUUUCCUUCUCUCUCUAUCUAAACAGCUCUUUCCCCAGCUCCAAUUUCUUGAACCUUCAACCCUUUACAUCUCUCUCUCUCUCUCUAUCUUCUCUGUGAAACCGAUAGAUAUCUAUGCGAUUAGUUUAUAUACCUAUAAUAGGAAAAUCCAUAUAUAUAUAUACGUAUAGUUCUUCAAAUUUGAUCUGUGAAAUUCAAAGAAUUUCCUUAUACAGAUAGAGAGAAAGGGUUUGGAUUGACAGAAAUGGCGGCGUACAGAGCCGACGAUGAUUACGAUUAUCUGUUCAAGGUGGUCUUGAUCGGAGACUCUGGUGUGGGCAAAUCAAAUCUGCUCUCGAGGUUCACUAAGAACGAGUUCAACCUCGAAUCCAAAUCCACAAUAGGCGUUGAAUUCGCGACCAGGAGUAUUCGUGUUGAUGACAAGAUCGUCAAGGCCCAGAUUUGGGACACUGCUGGCCAAGAGAGAUACCGUGCAAUCACAAGUGCAUACUACCGAGGGGCUGUUGGUGCAUUGCUUGUUUAUGAUGUCACCCGACAUGUUACUUUUGAGAAUGUUGAGAGAUGGUUAAAAGAACUUCGAGAUCACACAGACUCCAAUAUUGUGAUAAUGCUUGUAGGGAACAAGGCCGAUUUACGUCACUUGCGUGCAGUUUCCACUGAGGAUGCAAAGGCCUUUGCUGAGAGAGAGAACACUUUUUUCAUGGAGACAUCUGCACUCGAGUCGCUGAAUGUUGAGAAUGCAUUCACAGAGGCGCUCACACAAAUAUAUCAUGUGGUCAGCCGGAAAGCACUUGAUAUUGGAGAUGAUCCUGCUGGCUUGCCUAAAGGGCAAACCAUCAACGUUGGAAGCAAGGACGAUGUUUCUGCUGUUAAAAAAGUUGGUUGCUGUUCUGCCUAACCAACAAGACGUUCUUUGCCUAAACUUAAGAACCCUUAUCUGAGCUUAUCUUUAGGACUCCUAUCUGAGCUUAUCUCACGAGCAUGAGUACGAGUAUGGGUACGGGCACAAGCUUAUCUGAGGUUGCCCGUCAGUUUGAAAUCUGUACUGAGCUGCGGCCUGGAGAUUCUUUCCAUAUAGAUUGCAGUGAGUUUCUUAGUAUUUACUCAAGUCUUCUUCAUAUGAAUUGUUUCAUUUAUUAACUGCAGUAGUUUGUGUUGUAUUUGAUGCACCAUAUUAGUGUCGUGGAACUCUAUUAACUGCAGUGAUUAGUUCAAUGUUGUGUUAUAAGGGUGGAUUUUUUUCAUUAAUAAUGUGAU